AUGAUAGACCACGCACUCGGCCGGCCAGAUCCAGCAUGGCGCAAGUACCAGAUCCUUGCCGUCGUCCUCGCAUGGUCCGCCAUCAUCGCAGUCAAGCCUCACGGACCCAUCAAGAGACUGUCUAAACUGUUCGGCCGCCGCCUCACGGCAUGGCAGAUGAUCGUUCUCGCAUAUCUGUCGGAGUAUUUGAGGAGGAACUUUGCGCGCAUCAUAGGGCUGCAUAGCCCAGAGCCGUUGGCGAAUAAGUACAACAGGGACUACUUUCGGGCAACAUGGGUUACCACAGCGUUGGACGCGGGAUUCUGGACGGCGAUGCGGCUGAAGCCAAAAUGGCUCCGGGAUACGGCAAGCAUGGCUUUCACAGUAUACUACUUGUUCGCGGCCGAGGCAGCGGACGACAAGGUGCGGAGAGUGCGAGGCGUCAUUGGCGUUGAACAUAUGCGGGUCAGUUGGAACAAAGGCACGACCUUCUGGCUGGACCUGUUCGGACGGAUGAAACGGCCACAUCAUCUGCGGAUACGAUAUUCACCACGCCGGAUCCGCAUACCACGACCUGAGGGUAGCCCGUACAAAGACCCAAUUCAUGCUUGGCUGUAUUUCGAUGGCCCGAUCGAUGACCUGCUGAACCAUGACAAGAUUGUCCUUGACAUCCCAGGCGGGGGCUUCGUAGCCAUGAGCCCUCGCAACCACGACGACAAAUUGAUUGCGUGGGCAGCGAAGACUGGCUUACCCGUGAUUGCAUUGGACUACAAGAAGGCUCCCGAACAUCCUUAUCCAUACGCUCUGAAUGAGUGCUUUGACGCCUACUACCAGAUUCAUGCCACAGGUGGCACAUGCGUCGGCCUCUCAAGAAACACAAAACCCAAGAUUGUGCUCUCUGGUGACUCAGCUGGCGGAAACCUGGCGACGGGUCUGGUGCUCAUGCUCGUGCAAGCCCGCAAUGAGCCGCUGAUGCAACCAGCUGGUCGACAAAUCCGAAUGAAGCUCCCACUACCGGAAGCUUUGGUGCUGGUUUACCCGGCAUUAGACGUCAACAUCACCUCUUGGCUGACUGACGAGCAAGCGGCACUCAUAGAAGAGCCGGCGAGAAGACAGACCAACCAUGGAUUGGUCAGGCGGCAGACAGAGGACUACCACAGGCUGGCCGAUACGCCUUUGCCAAGUGAGGAUGAAGAUGAAGCUGCGGGUUUGAAAAUGACAAGCUCGAAACGAGACAAGAAGAUCGCAGCGGGCAAGACAUCCAGAGACUCACCGAAGAUCGAUUCAGCAAGAGACAGCACGGAACAAGCCCAUGACGCUGGGCCGAACAAGACCAAUGGCCAUGCUGUUGCUCCUUCCAAAGGGAAGGCAGCUGCACUGCUCAAACCCCGCCCUCUGCGUACCAACGUUAAAACCACUAGCAUGAUCUCCUUCGUGGAUGAUCGCAUACUUACGCCCGAGCUGCUACGUGGCAUGAUCUUUCUUUACAUUGGCGAACAGGCCAGGCCGGACUUUGCGACCGACUUUCUUCUCUCACCACUUCGAGCACCGGAGCACUACUUACGCGAGUUCCCAAAAGUCUACAUGCUUACUGGGGAGAAGGAUCCACUGUGUGAUGAUACUGCCAUCUUUGCAGGGCGCUUGCGGGCGGCACAUGAACACCAAUUCCAGACUCGUAAGGAGAUGGGCAUUGUCGCCGAGCGCGAGGAGUUCGACGAUUCCGAGCAUCUUCACGUUGAGUUCAUUCCUGGUGUGUCCCACGGCUUCCUACAGUUCGCUUCCGUCUAUGCACCAGCUUGGGGCUACAUCGAGAUGUGCUCGAGAUGGAUGAAGCAAGCCUUCGCGGACACAGCGAAGCGGGAGCACCACGCUCAUUCCAUGGCCCGCAGAGAGCAAUCGGACAGCUACUUCAACUCGACCUUCCGCUCCUCCGGCAAACGCAAAGUCGACCACUCAAACCCGAACGUCGAAAGCAGCGACAACGAAGACGCUCCCCUCGAAAUGUCCGCUCUCAGCCAAAUCCACCCUCCUAGCAACGACCUCGGACCGCGACGCACCAGCUCCGGCAACCUCAGCGAUCGCGGCGAACGAUCUGGUAGCGGAAGUGGCAGCGGGAAGCGGAGGAGAAGCCGCGGCGGAAUACGAAAGCCUUUUGAUGGGAGAGUGUCGCCUGUGGAGACGCGGAAGACGCUGAACCUGCAUAAUCUAAGGUUGACCACGCCGGAGAGUUUGUUGGAGCGGCGGAUGGAUGGGGUGGCGACGGGGUUGAUGGGGGAUGAAAGCGCCAGCCGCGGUAUUGACGCCGAAACCGCCAAAUCCUUUACCGCCGCUGGCACCACCGGUCUCAUCAUAACAGCACGCACCGAAGCUGCCCUCGAGAACACGAAGGAAGCCCGGUGCGCGAUUGCCACGUCCCCUCGACUCAAGGUGACUGCCUUCGCCGGAGAUGCAGCGUCCGCGGCGUCAGCGCGUGGUCUCGCCCAACUGAUCGAACAGGGACACGGACGCCUGGACCUUCUAAUCAACAACGCCGAUCUCAUUGCCACGCACCCUUCAGCUUUCGGCAAACUCGAGCAUAUACGGGAUGACCAGUUCUCGCUCCCGCUCCAAGUCAACACUAUGGGCAGGAUGUUGACGACGAGAUACCUCCUCCCCCUCCUCCUCAAGUCUCCCGACGGUGGUAAGGCGAUCAUCAACAUCACCUCCCUUUCCUCCCACCUUACUCUCGGCACACCGAUCCCGUUCAAUGUCUCCGAGCUCGCGACGAAUCGCCUCACGGAAGCUGUGGCGGAGCAGUACGCCAACCAGGGCGUUUUGGCGUACGCGGUGCAUCCUGGUACUGUAAAGGACUCGGCCUUCCCUGAAGGGUUUCCGGGGGGGUUCAAGGCUGGGUGUCGUGAUGAGUCGGAUCUUUGUAGGAUGUUUUGUGUGUGGUUGGUGCGGGAGAGGAGGGAGUGGUUGAGUGGGAGGUAUAUGGCUGCGAGCUGGACGUUGGGGAUUUGGAGGGGAGGAGGAAGGAGGUCGUGGGGAGGAAUUUGUUGA